AACCAUUCCAACUGCGUUUGAUAUUUCUUAGUCAAACGUUGUUUUUGGGGUUUUAAUUUAGCCUAUUUUAGUCAGAACAUUUUCGUCCAUUUUGACUUCAAAAAUCAUGGAACAAUUCUUUCAUGUGAUCACACUAUUUAAUAAUUUUCCCCAAAGAUUUUGUUUUUUGUAUCUUGGUGGGCUGCCCGAACAAUAGAAAUUUCUGGGCAUUCAUCAUUUUGUUCAGCAAUUUUGUUGAAAACUCAACGUAUUGCCGGAGAUUGAGGACAAGAAAUACAUUUAAGUCGGGUUUCUUAUUAGUGUCGAAAGAUUCUUCUUUUCUUGGAUAUAAAACAUUGAAAAGUUUCUUUCGGCAUCUUUAAGCUGUUCUUCAUUACGUUGUUGCUUUUUGCAAAUACUUCUAUUCCCCCAUUUUUGAUCUGAGGCAUUUUACUUCCGCCAUUCCUGCAGAUUUUGUAGUCUAUUGUAUUGAGGUUAAGGUGUUGUUGACUAUGUGGACAUUGCAUUUAACCUAAUGGGCUGGUUUAGCAAAAUUUUCAAAGGUUCAGAGCAUAAAGUUUCAGAGGGGCAGUGUGAUUGGAGAUAUGGAGCUGAACCAGUGGAUAAUAAUCCAUCUACUUCAUGGGACUCAUGGUCAGAGAUGGAAGACAUAGACCGUGCAAUUGCUUUAUCGCUUUCAGAAGAAGAUCAAAGAGGAACUACUAUCAUUGAUAGUGAACCGCAAUUGGAAGAAGAUGAACUACUUGCUAGGGCUAUCCAGGAGAGCUUGAAUGUCGAGUCUCCAGCACAGCCAGGGACCCCAAAUGACAAUGGCAUGGGAAAUGGAUAUGGACAUGGAAGUGGGUACGGGCAAGGACAUGGACAUGGAAAUGGACAUGGAAGUGGACAUGGAAAUGAUAGCCUUUACCAACCUAUAUCUUUUCCUUAUUCUAUAAGUCUCAGGAUUUGUGCUGGAUGCAACACAGAGAUUGGCCAUGGAAGAUUUUUGAGUUGCAUGAGUGCUGUUUGGCAUCCUGAAUGUUUUAGAUGCAAUGGAUGCAGCCAACCAAUAUCUGAUUAUGAGUUUUCCAUGUCCGGGAGCUACCCAUAUCACAAAGCUUGCUAUAAGGAGUCUUAUCAUCCGAAAUGCGAUAUCUGCAACCACUUUAUUCCUACAAAUGCAACUGGUCUUAUUGAAUAUAGGGCACAUCCUUUUUGGUCCCAAAAAUACUGUCCGAGUCAUGAGCUUGAUGGGACUACUCGAUGUUGUAGUUGUGAGCGAAUGGAGUCAUGGGAUGCUAAAUUUGCUCCCCUUAAUGAUGGUCGAAAACUCUGCUUGGAGUGCCUGGACUCUGCAAUAAUGGAUACUGAUGAGUGCCAGCCUCUUUUUCUUGAUAUACUAGAGUUUUACGAAGGAUUAAAUAUGAGAGUGACACAACAAGUGCCAUUGCUUUUGGUUGAAAGGCAGGCACUAAAUGAAGCAAUGGAUGGGGAGAGGCAUGGGCAUCAUCACAUGCCUGAAACUCGAGGUCUCUGUCUUUCUGAGGAACAGACAGUCAGCACUGUACUGAGACGCCCAAGGACAGGAGGAAACCGCAUGCUUACUGAGCCUUAUAAAUUAACACGCCAUUGUGAAGUAACAGCUAUCCUUAUUUUAUAUGGCCUCCCAAGGUUACUCACUGGAUCAAUAUUGGCUCAUGAGAUGAUGCAUGCCUGGCUGCGACUUAAUGGCUAUCGAACUCUCAGACAAGAUGUUGAAGAAGGUAUCUGUCAGGUCCUUGCUAGUAUGUGGUUGGAGUCCCAGAUUUUAUCCAUGCCUGAUAGUAAUAACGCAUCAACAUCAUCAUCUUCCUCAUCAAGCCAGGGAGCAAGAUCUCCAUUCGAGAAGAAACUCAGUGUGUUCUUUAAACAUCAGAUUGCAACAGAUUCAUCUGUGAUAUACGGAAAUGGCUUUAGAGCUGGUAACCAGGCAGUGCUCAAAUAUGGCUUACAGAGGACCCUGGAUCAUAUGCGAGAGACUGGAAACUUUCCUUACUGAGUUUGGUCCCUAACAUGGAAAAAAUAUUCAUCUUUCUUUCGUUUUUUCCCUGUGAAAUUAUUGCUUGGCCUUUCCAUGUUUUAGCUGUAAGGCCUUCCCGUAGGACAUACAUGUCAGUACAGAAGUUUUUGGAAUAGGUUAGAGUGUCAUUCUUAAACCUUGUAUAUCUUAAAGUCCUUACAUUUACUACAAGUACAUCGAAAUUCAUAUUCAUUUUUCUUUUUGCUGUGACGGUGUGGCUUCUCAGUGACCAAAACUCUGAAGUUCUGGCUUAACUGUCUGAAACCAUGUAUGUAGGAGUGAUGAGUGAUUAUUAAUGAACAUCAUUGGAGGGGACUCAA